GAUGGAGUGGACAGAUUGGACACCAUAAUAGUGAAAAAUGCUGAUCAGGAUGCUCAUUUUUGUACAAGGCAAUCGUGAGGGUACCGGUGUAGAACCAGAAUCUUUUGCAAGGAGAUGAUAAGCAUUCUAAGUGUGCUUGAAAUGAUAGAAAAUUUCAAUUAAAGUGGUUACCUGGAUGCUUUAUUCGUAAUGGUAAGCCAAAGAAGAAAAUUCCACAGUAUAUUAUCUGCAAGUUGGUUGCUGUCUUCCAUCUUGCUCUGGUACAUACUCUUGUUGUGUUCCUGUCUUGUGGAUUAUUGCUAUGCCACAGAUACUUUGAAGCAGGGUGAGUGGAUUAAUGACAAUGGACAUACCCUUGUCUCCAGUGGAAAAACGUUUGAACUGGGAUUCUUUACCCCUAUCAACAGCUCUAGCAGGUUCGUUGGGAUUUGGUAUCACAAAUGGGAUGAACAAACAGUUGUAUGGGUUGCCAACAGAGACAAUCCAGUACAUAACGGUUCCAAUGGAACUUUUGGAAUUGCAGAAAAUGGCAGCCUUCAGGUAUUGGAUCGUACUACCAGAUACGUUUAUUGGUCUAGUACAAGUGUUGAGAUUUCUUCGUCUACAAAUCGAACUGUGAAGCUCAUGGAUUCAGGAAACCUGGUCUUAUGGGAUGAUCAAUUGGGGAGGAGUCCGUGGGAGAGCUUCCAAAAUCCAACUGAUACGUUUCUUCCAGGUAUGAAGAUGGAUGAAAGCCUGACGUUGACUUCAUGGAUAGGUGAUGGUGACCCGAGAAGUGGGAAUUUCACGCUUCGCCAAGAUCAAGAAGGAGAGGGCUACUACGUUAUCUUUAAAAACAAAGCGAUCCAAUAUUGGAGAAAUCGGAUGUCAGGCAACUUCUUGAGCUCAGAUGAAAUGUCCAUUACCAUAGCUAACUUGUUAUCAAAUCUCACCAGCCAUGUCCAUGUGUGCGUGCCGAGUACCAAUAUCUAUAGACGGUGUGCGCAGGAAAUAACUAGUAACAAAAGGCUAGUGAUGAAUUACACGGGGGAAUUACAGUACUGGGAUGAGGACAACAGAAAUUGGUCGUUGACAUGGAGUGAGCCGGAAAACAAUUGUAGCAUUUACAAUUUUUGUGGGAAAUUCGGCAGCUGCAAUAUGAACAAUAGACCAUUCGUAUGCAAAUGUUUGCCCGGGUUCAACCCUACUAAACCGAAGAAUUGGGAUUCUGGAGUUUUUUUGGAUGGGUGCACCAGCACUUCGACAUCUGACGAGAGCGACAAGUUCUUGAGCUUAAAGAUGAUGAAAGUGAGCAGCCCAGACCCUGGUUUCAACGUGAAAAACGAAGAUGAAUGCGAACAGAAAUGCCUUGACAACAGCCCGUGUCAGGCUUAUUCAUAUGAGGCAGCUCAAGAAAGCCAGCAACGAAUUGCUGGAACCGACAAAUGCUGGAUUUGGACUUCGGAACUAAAUAAUCUUCAAGAGGAGUACACAAACGGUGGUCGUAACCUCUCUGUCCGCGUGGCAAAAUCCGUUAUAGGAUCAACUGCGCGGAUUUGUAAGCCUUGUGGCACAUACAUAAUUCCUUAUCCGCUGCGCACUGAACCAAACUGUGGUGAUCCCAUGUACUCUAGUUUCUACUGCAAUGAUUCCACAGGCCAGGUUAGCUUUAAGACGUCCAAUGGCACCUAUCGAGUCGUGAGUCUCGAUCCAACUAAACGGAAAUUCGUCAUCCUACUCAAACACGCACGAUAUGAUAAAAAUUCAACAGGAAUUGAUCCGAAGCUCAAUAAUUCAUUGCCAAUUAAUGCAACCAGGUGGUUUACCGUUGAUUCUGGCAACAAUAGUUCUGAAAUUAAAGAUGGAGUAGAGAUUAGCUGGAAAGCCCCGCUGGAGCCAAGUUGUAAUUCAUCCAAGGACUGCAGGGACUGGCCAAAUUCAAUUUGCAAUGUAACAAUAGAUCAUGGAGAGAAGAGGUGCCUAUGCACUGAAAACUUCCAAUGGGCUGACUCAAAUUGUACUAAAGAAGGUAAUUUUGCUCAGCCUUUAGAAGAGCCUUCAAAAGGAAAGAUGUCGCUCACUUUGAUAGUUAUGAUACCUCUAAUAGUAGUGUUUGUUCUCACAAGCGCAAUUGUUUGUAUAUAUUUGUGGAGAAGAAAGAUGGCCCAGAGACAAGAAAAUCAAAGAAAGCGAGCACUUCGUGCAUUAGACAGUGAAAAACAUGUCAAAGACUUGAUAGACUCGGGUGAAUUCACGGAAGAAGAUAAGAAAGACAUAGAUGUACCUUUUUUUGAUUUGGAAAGCAUUCUCGCAGCUACAAACAAUUUCUCAGAUGCAAACAAGCUUGGAGAGGGGGGCUAUGGGCCAGUUUACAAGGGCACAUUUUCAGGAGGUCAACAAAUUGCUUUAAAAAGGCUCUCAUGUGUCUCACAACAAGGUUUACAAGAAUUUAAAAAUGAGGUGGUGUUGAUUGCAAAACUUCAACAUAGAAAUCUUGUUAGGCUUCGGGGAUAUUGCCUAAGAGGAGACGAAAAGAUUUUACUCUAUGAGUACAUGCCCAACAAAAGCUUAGACUCAUUUAUAUUUGAUCAAAAGGAGAGCAUGCAUUUGGAUUGGGAAAUGCGUGUCAAAAUCAUUUUGGGAGUAGCUCGUGGGCUUGUUUAUCUUCAUCAUGACUCCAGAUUGAGGAUUAUCCACAGAGAUCUGAAAACCAGUAACAUUCUUUUAGAUGAGGAGAUGAACCCCAAAAUAUCCGACUUUGGCUUGGCAAGGAUGAUUGAAGGCAAAGAAACCGAGGCUAACACAACUAAAGUAGUUGGAACUCAUGGCUAUAUGUCUCCGGAGUAUGUAUUACAUGGACUUUUCUCAAUUAAAUCCGAUGUUUUUAGUUUUGGUGUAGUUCUACUUGAAAUAAUAAGUGGAAAAAAGAAUACAGGAUUUUAUCAGUCAGAACUUGCUAUGAGCCUUAUAGCUUAUGCGUGGAGAUUGUGGGUAGAAAACCACGUGUUGGAUUUAAUGGAUUUGGCUCUACAUGAAGUUUGCAAUGCAGAUCAAUUUGUGAAGUGUGUAAAUGUUGGACUCUUAUGCGUACAAGAAGACCCAAAUGAUCGCCCCACCAUGUCAAAUGUUGUUGCCAUGCUUGAUAGUGAAGCUACAACAGUUCCAACUCCAAAACAGCCAGCAUUUGUUCCAUGGAGAGGCCAACCUAUUAGAGCUAGUUCUUCUAGUAAACCAGAAUUAACCAAUAGUUUAGGAGGAAGAUGAUCGAUAAUGUAUGAUACCAAUGCAGGUUCUCGUGAGUUUGUCCUUUACUACACUUGCAAAGGUUCUAUUAUAUGGACCAAACAUUUGAUAUCAAUUCUGGUAGAGAAACCAAGCUGCUCGUAGAUAUGGCGCUCACCAAAAAAAUCUCAUGUAGUAUUUUGGACUGUGGGACCGUGGGUUAUCAUUCCUUUGCUUACAGUUACCAUGGGAAUAAUUAUUAUU